CUACUCCCCUCCCAUCCCCCCCCCUUUUACCCCCUCAUCUACAUCCAAGAGGGAUCCAUUUGCCAAGAGCCACCUUCGGUCUCUACAUCUCCCCAACUCCCCCGCUCGUUCAUUGCGACUGAACCCAUACUUUCAAAGGCCAGCAUCAAAGGGAAUCGCUGCGCCUAAAUCUACCUACGAAAAAAAAGAAAGAAGGCAUCUUUAAAAAAGGACUUCCUCCUUUCUUCUCUUUCUCUCUUCUCUCUUCUAUCCUCCUCUCGAGUGAUCCAUUACAAUGGCAUACAACUCGAAGAACCCUUUCGCCCUCCUUGGUGACGAGGACGGACCAGCCCCCGCUGCUGCCAAGCCCACCUCUGCCGCUGCCGCCCCCGCUGCUGCUGCUGCACCGGCUAGGAACGUCCCCGGAUCUGGACGAGGAGCACCCCGUGGUGGUGCCGCCGCCGCUGGUGGCCGUGGUGGAGCUCGAAGGAACGUCGAGGGUGGAGCUGCUGCCGGUGGUGAGGAGGGACAACAGAACCGCGAUGUAAGGGAACGCAAGCCCCGAGCUGAGGGCGAGCGAGGCCGAGGACGUGGCCGUGGAGGCCGCGGUGGUCGUGGUCGCCAAUUUGACCGACACUCCGCUACUGGCCGAGUUGACUCCGAGAAGGCAGUCGAGGCUGGCUGGGGUGGAGCUGACGGCCAGCGUGAGCUCAAGGCCGAGGAGGACGCCGUCACCGAUGCCAAGGCCGAGAAGACUGAGGCCAACGGUACCAGCACCCCUGCUGAGGCUACCGAGACCGCCGCUGAGGGUGCUGCUGCCCCCGCUGCCAUCCCCGAAGAGGAGGAGGACAACACCAAGACCUACGAGGAGUACCUCGCCGAGUACACUGCUCAGAAGGCCAAGCUCUCUGCCGUCGGCAAGGGCGCCGGUCCCCGUACCGUGUCAGACUCAAAGGAGUGGGAAGGCUUCGGCAAGCCCGUCGUCAAGUCCGCUGGCGGUCAAGACGACUUCUACAUCGUCGCCGGCGGCAACAAGUCUGCUGCUCAGCAGCAGCGUGCUCAACGUGAGCGCAAGGAGAAGCAAGUGCUGGAGAUUGAGCAGACCUUCAACACCCCACCUGUCCAGCGAUCUGGUGGACGAGGAGGACGAGGUGGUGCCCGUGGUGACUUUGGUGGCAGGGGACGGGGAGAGGGCCGUGGCCGUGGUGGACGUGGAGGUGCUAGGGGCCGUGGCGGUGCUGCUGGUGCUUCCCGCGGCGGUGCUGGUGCCAACGUCAACCUGGACGACCAAAGCGCCUUCCCAAGCCUGUCGUAAAGACACUCGCUCCACUCACUCACUUUAGCUCGGCUUCUCAAAAACGUUUCCCAUCCCGCACAUCCACAUCGCUUCCCAGUUUUUCCCAGCUUCCCAAGGUUCAGAGAGAGAGAAGAGAGAGAGAGAGAAGGGAGGAAGUUGAGUCAGGAAGGCCGCUGUGCGAAUAGUUGGGGGGUGGGGGUUGGGGGG